AAGGAUACCUGGUAUCCGCUGUCGCUCGCUUUGACACAUAUUCAUAGCAGUGGAAACUGUUUUGCUGCUUUGUUGUAAAUAUUACGAAGAAAACGCAGAUGAAAUUGCAUUUAUAAAAUGUGCUAAACGUUUUAAAUACUUUAACACAUAAAGUCUAUAUCAUUUUCGUAGUAAAUACAAACAGUUAUAUAUGUAUAUAUAUACGCACAUAUGUGUAUUGUAUAUUAGUUAUACAAAUGUUAGAAAAAAAUUGAAAUUAAGUCAGUAAUAUAAAAGUGCGGAAGAUUACAAAUGCGUAAGUCAAGUAUUUCACACACGAUUUGCUACGUGAAACAAUGAAAAGAAUUUAAAUAAAAGUAAAAAGUGAACUUCAAAUUCCUAACAUCAUACGUUGUACAAAAUCGAUAUCUCGCUAAGUCUCGGAAGUGCGUUUUGGACACGUUGAAGCCCAGCGAAGCGGGGAGUGGCAGAGUACUGCAUUUAUUCAGCUCGUGUGUGUGUUGUUUGUGCGUUUCAUCGAGUUUGUAGUUAUUAUUAUGUUUAUAAAUUUCAAAUGAAAUAUGAUAUAUAGGAUAUGCAGCAUAAUGCGGAAAUCUAGUUGAUUGUGUGAAUGCCUUGAGCCAAUUUAACGGAAGUGAAAAAGUAUAUAAAUAUAACUAAGAUGGUCUUUAAGGCCUGAAACUUAACUACGGUGUGCUGAUUCUGUGUACGUAAAUUUCCAAAAGUGAAAAAUUAAAAUCAACCGCUGAUAACUUAAAGUUUAAGAAAUGCAUUCUGUGGGCAUCCAUUCGGCUAUGGCAAUAAAACGCCAACGUAAACGACGUGAUGAACAGAAACGUGCGCGAGAAAGACGUUACAGUACGCAGAGUUCCGAAAGUGGAGAAACAUUUCAUUCGCCAAGUGGUUCCUUUCGACGUAAAUUUCAUCAUGCACAUAGCGUUGCUAAGCCUGGACCAGGCAUGUUGGACAGCCAGGUUGUCACCAGCAUCGGUAUGCUGCACAUUGGUAUCGUAUUUAUAGUAUUUGGUGUAUUCUUAUGCGGUGCUGGUAUUAUACCAGAUGAAACUAUGUCCUGGAAUGUGUUCAGUAGCAGCUCGGCAUGGUGGAAUGAAGUUACUUGCACUGGGCUUUUCUCGCUUGGAUUAGGACUAUUUUUACUUGUACUGAAUUGCUUGAUUAGCCGCAAGGAAGAAGAAGAUCUCGAAGAUUAUGUGCAACGACAACUAACUAGAUCACGAUCUGGUCAUCGUCUGGAACGUGAUGUCGAAACUGGUGUGCUAACUACACGCCACGCACGGAAAGCUGUAGCUUUACAAAAGAACAUGCGCAAUGGAACUGCCACGGACGUAGCACUUGUGAACAGCGCAUCGGCGGAAGAAGUAGCAAAUGGUUUAGCCAACACCGGUGAUAUAGUGCUCGAGAAAAUCGUGGAGGAAGAUAAUACGUAUAUUAAUGAUCGUAGCGCUGGCAUAUCUCCGAUAGAUAUUGAGAAUGAUACCAAGCAAUUGCUGAGAAGAGAAUCAUUAAAUGAAACAAUCAAUAUAACACGAAUAUAAAACGUAAUGAUGCAUCUACACUUUAAUACUUGUAAACAAAAAUAUGGAAUAUUUUACUAUUUAUUAUAAAGACUUUUAUUUAAACUUAAGCCUUUAAACUAUAAGUGAAGUAUUUAAAUAAAAAAAAAAUACAAAAUAUAUAUAUUUAAAAUAGUUUAACAAAAAUCCCAUGUGACCAUAUUUUUUAACAAAUGUCUUUUAUAAGUAUUUUCGUAUUUGCAUGUAUACUUAAUUAAUAUGUAAAACUUAAACCAUAACAAAUAUACACACAGAAAUAUGAGUAUCGAUUUGUCGUGCAUAGCCUAAACAAAUAAUGGUUUAAUUUACUUUAAUUAUAAUGAAUAGCAGUAUAGUACUAGAUUAUACAUUCCCACUUCUAUAUAUUAAACGAAAAAAAAUUUCUCGAACAACUUUAAAACAUGUACUAAAUGAAUACACACACUGCACUUUGAAAUUCAUAUGACUCUAAGCAAACACAAUUUAUUAAAUGCCGAAUUAUAUUAAAAUAGCACAACAAAGCAAAUUUGCAAAACGAUACACACAUACACACAUAUAUGUAAAUGUACAUAUAAAAUAUCAUUGAUGCGUAAACGUAAUCAUACGAACCGUAAAAAGUUUCAAUACUAAUCAUGUAUAAACUUGCUAAAACUGGAAAUAUUAUAAUUAAAUGGAAGUUACGAUUUAUUACAAAUAGGCAAAGCAGUAAAAAAUAAUAAUUGCACAAUUCAAACUCAUGUGAAAAGACUUUUAAGUAUAUACUAAAUAUAUAUGUAUAAAAUUAAAAAAAAAAAA